ACAGCCACUCAGGUGACAAAAGAGAAAGAGCUCUCUCAGGUGGAGGAAUAAAGACAGAAGAGACAAUUUGAGAGGGGGAGGUGAACAUUUCCACCGAGGGACAAAAAAGGGGAGGGAUAGUGAGAGAUGGAAAUAUCCUGUAAACAAAUGAAGUACGGCUGAACUGAGACACACCUGGAGCUUUAGAAAAGGACAUCAGUGGAUAGCAGAGGGACCGAAACCAUCAGCAGACCAAGUUCUCUCCACAGACAUUUUUAACACGCCAUAAGAGACUGUGCUCAGAAAUGCAGGCAUGUCAAAGAGGCAACAGAUGUUAAGGGCUGAAAACUAAAGCAGAGAAGACUGAUCAGAGUGAGAACGACUACGAAGGCAAAACAAGCAUUGCAGGGAUCGAGAGAGACGCUUCUGAAAGGUCUGUGAGGAUUUUUCCAGCAGCUUCCAAAAUCUUCCCAUCAUGGCCUCAAUGGGGAUUCAGCUCCUGGCCAGUGCUCUGUGCCUGCUGGGCUGGAUAGGGGCCUUCACCAGCUGUGUACUGCCCAUGUGGAGGGUGACCGCCUUUGUUGGCAGCUCCAUUGUAACCUCGCAGACUGUCUGGGAGGGGAUCUGGAUGACCUGUGUGGUCCAGAGCACAGGGCAGAUGCAGUGUAAACCCUACGAGUCCCAACUGGCUCUCAGUUCCGACACCAAGGGUGCCAGAGCACUCAUGAUCCUCGCUGUGGUUACAGGUGGUGUCGGCCUCAUCUUGGCCUUCAUUGGUGGAAAAUGCACCAGGUUCUUGGAUGGAGAUGGCGGUGGUGCAAAGGUAAAGGUGGCUAUAGUAGCAGGGGUGUUGCUAGUGCUCACUGGGCUGCUCUGUUUGAUCCCCACUGCAUGGGCGGCCGGCUCGGUGGUGAAUAAGUUCUACAGCGCAUCCAUAGAUGCUCAGAAGAGAGAGCUUGGAGCAUGCCUCUACAUUGGCUGGGGGGCAGCCAUUCUGCUGGUCCUGGGAGGUGGUCUGUUCAUCAAAUCAGCUUGCCCCGUCAAAGCCCACGACACAGACAAGAGCCCCUCCGUCCGCUACGUGGUAGUCCGAUCCUCCAACGGGUCGACCAAGCCGGGCUCCCAUUACACACGGGUACCGACAGCAAUGGCUCAGCCCAUCAGAACCAUGUCCCCUGAGCCCCAAAUCAUGGAAGCAGGGUCCGCAAAGCCUCCACUGUACACAAGACAGGUGUAUGAGGCUGAAUCUGAGCAGGACAUGAGGGAGGAUUCAGAGAAAUCCUGGGCGCCAUCCACAAAGUCUCAGAUGAAAAGACCAGAUUCCAGAAAGUCAGAACACAGCGACACGCCGUCGACAAAGUCCCAGCUGAAAAAAGCUGAGCUGGACGAAACUUUAUCAGCUGCCAGUGAGAAUGAGGACACGGCGGCGAACCCAACGAAAACAUACCUGUAAUAUGAGCUCUAAAAGAUGGAAACUUUAGUACUUUAGUUUACAUUUAGUUUGCUGUUACUUAGAUGUUGUAGUUUAAAAUAUUGCAUUAUAUUAUAGAGGAUCAAGAUGUACUGUUCAUCAUCCUUAAUGUGAAGGAUACAAAUGAAGUUUGAACAUUUUAUAUGUGCUUGAACUGACCAGCAGG